AUGGCGAAUUACGCCAAAUCCACCACAACAAAGUACCCAUUUUUCCUUCUUCUCACAAGUCUUUUUGUCUUGAUCCUAAUCGUUUCCAAACCAGUAUCCUCCCAGAACUGCGGUUGUGGCUCUGACUUCUGCUGUAGCCAAUAUGGUUACUGUGGUCAGACCAACGAAUACUGUGGAUACGGCUGCCGUGAAGGCCCUUGCCAAGGCGAGGAACCCCUCGGCAGAAAAACUGGAGGCGGAGUCGGAGAUGCAGUAUCGCUUGAAGGAACGGUGACACCUGAGUUCUUUAACUCAAUACUAAGCCAAGCAAGAGAUGAUUGUGCAGGUAAAGGAUUCUACUCUCAUGAUGCCUUCAUUGCCGCAGCCAAUUCCUACUCUGUCUUUGGUUCUUCCAUCUCCAAACGCGAGAUUGCUGCGUUCUUCGCUCACGUCACCCUAGAAACAGACUUCAUGUGCUACAUUGAGGAAAUCAAUGGACCAGCCAAGGCCGAGAACUACUGCGACAGAGAGAAAACAGACUUCCCAUGUGCACAAGGAAAGGGUUACUAUGGUCGUGGUCCGAUCCAGUUCUCUUGGAACUACAACUAUGGUCUUUGUGGCAGAGACUUUAACGAGAACCUAUUGGAUUUCCCAGAGAAAGUGGCUCAAGACCCGGUUCUUGCCUUCAAGACCGCUUUCUGGUUCUGGACCACCUAUGUUCGCGGGAACUUUAACCAGGGCUUUGGGGCGACCAUCAGAGCUAUAAAUAGUAGGGAGUGCAGCGGAGGAGAUACUGCAGCCGUCAACAAGAGGAUUGGAUACUUCCGAGACUAUUGUGUCAAGCUUGGAGUCGAAACUGAAGAUAACCUCUCUUGUUAA